AUGAGUCACCAGGCCCCACCCACGCUCCUGCAGCUGUCAAUAAGAAGCCUGCUGAAAGAUGAAGCCUUGGCCAUCUCUGCUCUGAAUGACCUGCCCAUAGAGCUCUUCCCACCACUGUUCAAGGAUGCAUUCGACAGCAAAAAAACUACCGUCCUGAGGCUGAUGGUGGCAGCCUGGCCCUUCCCGUGCCUUCCUGUGGGAGCUCUGAUAAAGACUUCCCAUCUAGAGACCUUGAAGGCUGUGCUAGAUGGCCUGGAUUUGCUGAUGACACAAAAGGUUCUACCUAUCAGGUGGAAACUACAAGAGCUUGAUUUGCGAGAUGAGCACCAUAACUUUUGGAAUGUAUGGGCUGGAACAGAGAACAGUGUCUGCUCUCCAGGUGUCAUUGACAAGAACCAACCAAUGGUGUAUUAUCCUACACGAGAGGGAAAGAAGGCCAUGACUGUGUUGAUGAACUUUUCUAUAAAGUCCCAAUAUCCCUGUAAAUCCCUAAGAUAUAUUUAUCAGUGGGCCAAGCAGAGAAAAGAUGUGCUACAGGUGAUCUGUCUAAAGCUACAGUUUUGGACCAGCCCUGCCUUUAACCCCUUAGAGCUUCUGGAGAUACUUGAGCCAGGCAGUAUUCAGGAAUUGGAAGUGUGUACAGGUUGGGAUCUCGGAACCCUUGCAUGCAUAGCCCCUGGCCUGGGCCAGAUGAAAAACCUUCAGAAACUUUCUCUCAGUAAAAUAUACAUGCCUUGGAAGUGGCAUUGGGCCAGAGAGAUGAGAGACAAGUGUUUUACAGAGCUCAUUCGCCAGUUCUCCAAACUCCACAAGAUCCAGCAUCUCUGUCUGGAUGAUGUCUGCUUCCUGGGUGGAUGCCUGGACCAAGUGCUCAGGUGCUUCCAGGGUCCCUUAGAGACCCUUGCAAUCACUCACUGCAUGCUGUCAUCGUUAGACAUGUGUUAUCUAUCCCGUUGUCCAAGCAUCCAUCAGCUCAAACACCUAGACCUCAGUGGUGUCCCCCUUUCAUAUUCACUUCUAAGAAAAUUGCCAGAAAGACUGACAGCUACACUGCAAACAUUAAGAUUGGAGAACUGUACGAUCGUAGACUCCCAAAUCAGUGCCCUCCUGCCUGUCCUGAGCCAGUGCACUCAACUCACUGAGGUCAAUUUUCUGAAUAACUUCCUGUGUAUGGACAGCCUGAAGAAGCUGCUGCAGGACACUGCCAACCUGAGACAACUGACCAGGGAGAUGUACCCUGCCCCCACUGAGGUCUAUGAUGAAAGAGGUGCUGUCCUCCCAGGAAGAUUUACACAAUGCUGUUCUGAGCUUAUGAGCAUGCUCAUGGCUAUAAGGCAGCCAAAAGAGGCCUACUUUGUGAGUGAGAAAUGUAAAAAAUGUCACGAAUUCUGCACCUACAACUUGGAGGCCACACUAUGUUCCUGUCUACAGUAAAUAAGGAGAGGUCACUGCUGACCUCGCAGGAAUGAAAAUGAGACCUCAAGU